AUGUCAUCAAUUGAUUCUUCACCAUCAUUGAUCUCAUCACCUCCACCAUUUUAUAUGCUGGUUAAUCAUCAAAUGCAUCCAUCUCCAAACAAAUUAUUUGUUGGUGGAAUAAGUUGGAGGGCUGAUGAAGCAGGUCUAGCAAAGUUUUUCUCUACAUUUGGCAAUGUGUUGGAGUGUAAAAUCAUAAUGGAUAGAAACACACUUAAAUCAAAGGGUUAUGGAUUCAUCACAUUCGAAGAUGAAGAGAGUGUAAGCAAAGUUAAGAAUGCAUCUACAUUAUCAUUCAUGGGUAAAAAUAUGAAUGUUGGAGAUGCAAUGCGUAAAUCCGAUGGAUUCAUUGUAAAUAAUGGUGUGGUACCACAACAACCACAAAUUCAACAACAACAGCUACAACAGCAGCAACAACAACAACAUUAUAGUUUAGGUAGUAUAAAUGGAGCGAAAGCGAGUAUGUUGGUGCCAGACGAUAGUGUUGUCUAUCAUACUGCCGGUAUUCCGAUCGACACCGGUGCCUACGAUAAUGGUGCAGCUGCACUUGGCAAUGGCUACACUCCAGUUUACUAUUUUUACUAUGAUGUUUCCGGUAAUCCUGUGAUCUACGGACAACAGUCUCAACCCUAUCCGUACUACGCAGGCUACGGAAUGCAACGCACUGCACAGUCAAUGCCAUAUAAUAUUCCCAACCAAAAUUGGCGACCUGUCUACCAACAACAACACCACUAUCCAACUUCAUCUUCACCAACCUCCAUUCCAAACUCUCCCAAUGGAAAUCGUCAAUCACCCAAUAGAAAUAAUAAAUCAUCAUCAUCAGCUUCAUCAUCAUCGUCAUCUUCAUCAACCUCAUCAUCGCAAUCACAAUCACCAAAUCAAUCGCCAAACUCAUUUAUAAAUACCAAUAAUAAUAAUAAUAUCAAUCAUAAUAUAAAUCAAAAAAUUAUUACUAGUAGUGACGAAAAUAAUAAUAGGAUUGUAAAUAGUUAA